ACAUGCAACUCCACGCAGAAAGGCCACAGCCGAGUUUCGAACCUGCAACCUUGUUGCUGCAAGGCAACGGUGCUAACAACUGCACCACCAUGCAGGUAUAUAUGGAUAAAUGUAGAAUUACAUUUCUGUAACAUUUUUAUAACUUCUCUUUGAUUUUAACACUUCUACUUAAUGACUACCCUAACCGUGUAUUUUCAGAUGUAAUGUACUGAACCGUAGGAACAACUUAAUGGCAAAGCAGAACUUUUCUCCCUCAUUUCAUCUGAAACAGCUGGGAACAUUUAUUCAAACAAUUUUGACAAAAAAAAUACUGUUUGCAUGAAUAAAUGCUGCAUGGAGGCACAGUUGGCUAGCACAUUUGCCUUGCAGCACUGAGGUUGCAGGUUAAACACCCAGCUGGCACGUGCAGAUCGUGCAUAUUCUCCCCGUGGUCUCUCUUAAAUUUAUAUCCUUUCUAUAGAACUAUUCACAUGGCUCACUCACAUACUGGAAGACCUUUUUUUUAAAUAACUCAGUUCAUUUAAAUGUUUGUGAAUCAAAUUGUAAGAAAUGUGUAUCUCUGCGAGAGAUUGGUUACAAAACUAUAAAUAAGAUGAUUGUAAAAUCAUUGAGACAUAAUUUAGACAGCCUUGACUAAAUUACUAUUAUAAAAUUUGCACAAAUAUGCAUAAAGCACCCAUCUACAAACGUUUGAGAACCAACUUUAAAGGUAUAUUUUGCUAAUGUUCUUUGAGUGCCUCACAGCAGUUUUAUUUAGUUUAAUUUUGUAUACAGGUAUGUAUGUACGUAUGUACACGUGUGGUUAUCUAUGUAUCCAUGCUUAUGUGUUUAUAUUUACCUGUGUAUAUCUAUAUUUAUAGAUAUCGUUAAUUUUACUAUUAUUUAUUUACUUUCCUUUUCUUUUUUCUUUUUUUUAAGUUUGUUAUAACUUUCUAACUCUGGCACCUUAUUUGUUAUUGGUUGUGUUGUAGGAGGACCUGCUCAAAAACGAGAUGUUACAUCUCAAGCAGUUUAUCCUCCUGAAAAACAUAAGUUAAAUAAAUAAAUAAAUACAUUUUAAAUCAUUUUCUUGAGCUGUGCUAAAACAAGCCUUUAAAUGUCACUCAGACUCCACCGCACCCUGUGGCCAGAAUUCCGCACUUGCAACUUCAGAGUUGGUGAGACACUCCCUGUUGGACUUAGUAAAGUGGAGCUGACAUGCUGGCACUGAAGUCUUCUCACUUCACAUAAUUCCUGCACAUUUUAGAUAAUGAACAUUUAGUGAUGAACUGCUCCUGUAGACACUAAUGAAGGCUGAGAAGACAUUUCAGCUGUUAAAUGAAGGUGUUAAAAAGAAAAAGGCACGACGAGGAGAAGAGUUUCACUUUUGGUUUCACAACGAGUUAAAAUGAGGCGCUAAAGGCAAGCCAAAACUGCUGAGUUUCCCUAUAAUUUAGAGUUAUUCAGAUUAGUAAGAAAUUGCAAAUAAUAUUGUCACAGUUUUUAACAUUUAGUGGCUCAAAUUAAACAAAGAAUAGAAAUUUGACAAUUUGGUUUUGAGCAAAUCACCGUCCAGUAAAAUACUGAUUUAAGUUGGCCCUAGAUGUGAAUUUGUAAAAGAUUAGCUGUCUCUGUGCAGCCCUGUGGUGGAUGGCAGUCUGUCUAGGUGUAGUCCAGCUCUCACCUAGUGACCGCUGGACAAAGGCACUGGCUCCUGUUGACCCUGAACAGGAACUAAUGGAUGUAGAAAGUGAAUGGAUGUGUUUUAAUUUUGUUUAGGGUUCUUUUAAGGUGUAAAUCAUUGAAAAAGGGUAGCGUUCCACCCACAUUUAGGUGAACAUGUGUUCUAUUACAUCAAACUUGUACAUUAGGUUGGGCCUUCUUUCACUAACCAAUUAGCAUCCCUGGUCAUGGUAGGAUGGUAAUUAGUUGCAGUAAAACAACUCAUCCAAUAAAAUGUCCAUCUGUUCACCGUUAGUCAUACUUUACCCCAUAAACAAAAGUUGAAUUUAAAGUAACCUAAAAAAUGACGUAUUCAUGGUUAUAGUUGGAAGGAUGUUCCAACCGACCAAACACAUGUAGACUCUAGAAACUGGACCUCAUAAUAAAAAGUACAGUGUUUAGGUUCAGGCACAUGGAUCGUGGUGAAUUUCUGCUCUCUGGGUUAUCGGCCUCCGACAGCUCUGGCUCUCUCCGACGGCUGCUGCCGUCACUGCAGCGUGCAUCACACACUUGUCAAAGCACCUCUCCUCCACCCACCCUCUUUCCGCUGAGAGUCAACACCACGGUCUCACCACACAUGUACGUACGUGCUCGUGGACACCCUCACAAGACUGGUAUACAGAAGAGCACGCGCGCACACGCGGCACACUCGUAUACAGACACGUUCCCAUUAUGGUGACAAAUCCCGCCUGAGCUGGCUCCCAUCUGUGAGUAAUGGUGCGGUGUGUUGUACGAGUCAAACUCCCCCGUCAUCUGCCUUUCCCAGAUGGAUCCGCGGGGUGUCCAAGGGCUUUAUCUGGUGGCCAAGAUUGUAAAACGGUUUAGAUCUAAUCCUUGCAUAAUUUGGUAGGAAAACACAGAGAACUGUUAUGUCUGAAGAGAGCACCUUCACAUGCAUUGGGGUCAGGUUUAUCGUCAUGACUCGACUGGCUUUAAUCCAUUAAACUAUGACAUAACCCCUCUUGGAUCUUUGCCCUGAUCCCCUUUUGUGUGUGUACAUUUCACCCCGUCUUUAUUUUGACCCCAUAAUGAGAUUAACACCAGUGGCACCAGCACUUAAGUAUUGCUUUAAGCUCUGCAGGGCGAGCCUUCUUCACCGGUUACUCUCAAUAAGGCUUUGGUUACAUAAUCAGAGUCUCGGAUCUAAAUUUAAACAAUGACACAUUAGUGACGAAUAGCCUGGUGCAAGAGCUUCUCGUAACGUGGCAGCCUGGUCAAGGCGCCUCCAAUUACAUAAAACGUUUGUUUUAACUGACAAGUUAUGGUAAUUACUGUGUUUAUUAGACUGUGUGGAGGAACUUUCCAUUAAAAAUGAAGUUGCCAAUCACCAGUUUACAGAACCUCCAUGUUUAUGAGUUGAAAUAGUUUUUCCCAGCUUUUGAUUUUGGAAUUAAAGUGAUAAUAAGCUUCAUCCUAAAACUGAAUAAAAUUAAACGUCAGAUUUUCAUGUUAUUCCCAUUCAUUCAUUUGGAAAUCCUAUUGUCAAAUAGUUUUUCAUUUUAAAAGUAAACCAAACAGAACUUGGGUGAGAGGAAACUCUUUUAUUCUGUUUUCUCUCUCCUUGUCCCAUGGUGCUUUGUUUUGUUUUUUUCCAACGUAAUACUCAAGAGAACCAUUUAGAACCAACGUUCAUGUUUUUCUUCCUUAAAACCCUGAUCUCUGGUUCUGUGGGACCUACGUGACACAAUACAAGAGCAACAGAAACUCACAUAUAGACAGUGUAAAAGGUUUCUCAUUUGACUUUGAUAGAACAUGCUAGAAGCAUUUUGAUGACCUUUGAUUUAUUUCCUGUAGAGAUGACGAUGAUUUAUCCAAAGUCCGUUUUCUUGUUAUUCAUCAUUACCUUUUCAACUUUUAUUGAUCAGCGUUCAUGAAAAUGCCCCGUGUUGGUGUAGAUUCUCAUUCAUCCAUGACACAUCAAUUCUAAGUCUAUAAAAAUGUUACAUGAUGGCAACUGGGUUUAUUCUCUUGUUGAUAGAUGGUUUACCUCUCAUACUGGAUCCUGGUAUUACUGUCAUGAUCAGCUCCUGUGUCUUGUUGGUGUUAAUUGGUCCCACCUGCCUCUCAUUCCUUAAUCACCUGUGACCUCUUGUGUUUCAGCCCUGUCAGUUUUGUGUUGCGUGUCGGAUCGUCUGCGUAGCUCUGUUCCAGGUCUUUUUUGUUAUUCUCAGUUUCUGACGUCUCCGCAAAUUAAAGCGACUUUAAACCUUCUACAGCGGUGUGCUCUCACCUGCUUUGGAUCCAAGCACCCUCACAUCACAACACUUACCCCGGCUUUCCACUGGAUGGGCUGCUUUGAAGUGAACUCGGUGAGGAACGUCCAAAACCACGCAAUACUCUGGUGCAGGUUUUGUCUGACUCUACUUCCUGACAGCUGCCAGAUCAAGAUGUUGACGGGAAAACAAGUGAUGGAGACCAGGGCUUGAUAUUUGGCCCGGGAAAAGAGUAAUCGACAAUGGACCGGCUGGUUCUGUGUGUGCUGCUCUGCACAGCUCUGGCAGAGGGCUACAGCUGCCCUGGCCGCUGCAUCUGCCAGCAUCUCUCCCCGACUCUGACGCUGCUCUGUGCAAAGACCGGUUUGUUAUUUGUGCCCCCCACCAUUGACCGCAAGACCGUGGAGCUGCGACUCACCGACAACUUCAUCACCAUCGUCCGCAGGAAAGACUUUGUCAACAUGACCAGUUUGGUCCACCUCACUUUGUCUCGCAACACCAUCAGCCAGAUCAUCCCCAACGCCUUUGUGGGCCUGCGCUCUCUACGGGCGCUCCACAUGGACGGGAACCGCCUUAGCGUCAUAAAAAGUGACCACUUUAAGGGGCUCGUCAACCUGCGGCACCUCAUCCUCGGGAACAAUCAGAUCCACCAAGUGGCCGCCACUUCUUUUGAUGAGUUUGUUACCACCAUUGAGGACUUGGAUCUCUCCAAUAACAACCUGCGCAGCCUUCCCUGGGAAGCCAUAGCCAAGAUGUCCAACAUCAACACGCUCACACUGGACCACAAUCUAAUCGACUACAUCGAAGCAGGGACUUUUACGCUGCUCACUAAGCUAGUCCGCCUGGACAUGACCUCUAACCGGCUGCAGAAGCUGCCGCCCGACAGCCUGUUCCAGCGAGCUCAGGUUCUGUCUGACGCCAAAGACUCCAGCUCGUCCACUCUGGCUGUGAGUUUCGGUGGGAAUCCCCUUCACUGUAACUGUGAGCUGCUGUGGCUGCGCAGGCUGACGAGAGAAGAUGAUCUGGAGACCUGCGCCUCACCGGAACACCUCAUGGAUAAAUACUUCUGGUCCAUCCAAGAGGAGGAAUUCAUCUGCGAGCAACCCCUGAUCACCAAACACAUUGCCUCGAAGCCCUACGUGAUGGAGGGCCAAGGCGUGACUCUCAAAUGCAAAGCUGUGGGGGAUCCAGACCCGGAUAUACACUGGCGGUCGCCAGAUGGCAAGAUGGUGCACAACAACUCCCGCACCGUCUUGUAUGAUAAUGGCACGCUUGAUAUUCUCAUCACCACGCUGAAGGACAGCGGGGCGUUUAACUGCGUGGCGUCCAACGCUGCAGGCAUUGUCACAGCUGCUGUUGAGAUCAACAUGAUCCCCUUACCCUUGUUUGUCAACAACACAGGCCACAUGCGAGAGGACCCAGGCCUCUCGGACAUCACCACGUCCUCCAAAUCUGGCAACGACACAAAAGGCUACGACAAGCAGAACAGAAGAGUGGUGGUCACAGAACUGACCUCCUCCUCCGCUGUGAUCCGCUGGCCAUCUGAGCGCCACAUCCCCGGGAUUAGGAUGUACCAGAUUCAGUACAACAGCUCGGCUGAUGACACGCUGGUGUACAGAAUGAUCCCGUCAACCAGCAAGAACUUCCUGAUCAACGAUCUGGCUGCAGGGCGGGAGUAUGACCUUUGCGUUCUGGCGGUUUACGACGACGGCAUCACGUCGUUAACAGCCACGCGCGUGGUCGGCUGCGUGCAGUUCCACACAGCCAACGAGGUCAGCCAGUGCCGCUUCAUGCACAGCCAGUUCCUGGGGGGCACCAUGAUCAUCAUCAUCGGCGGCAUCAUUGUCGCUUCGGUGCUGGUGUUUAUCAUUAUCCUGAUGAUCCGUUACAAGGCCUACGGCAGCCCAGUUGACACCAAGGCUAAGGUCAGCUCCAGCAUGCACUCGCAGACCAACGGCAGCCAGCAGCGGCUCCAGCGCUCCAUCUCCAAGCAGCUGCCGUCUGACGAGGACCAACGGGAUUCUCAUGUGCCCAAAGAGUGCAUGGCUCUGGUGCUCAGUGUGGACAAUGAGAAAAAGGAGGAUCUGACAGCUACCACCGCCGUCCUGGAGGUACAGCUGCCCCCAAACGUAGACAAGAUGAAGAGGAGAAGCAGCUUGGAUGCACAGCGAUCUGGGCCACCAUCUGAAGACACACAGACAGACAGUAGCCUGACGGGCUCCACCAUGUCCCUGUGUCUCAUUGGCCCCAACGCCGGCUCUAAGGAAGCUCCCCGGCUCAAGGACAAGAAAGGUGCUCUGGCCAACGUGGGGUUGCUUCCUAACGAGCUGGCACGAACUAGGCACAGAUUCUCCUUUGAUGGUGGGGAUUACUCCAUAUUUCAGAGUCACAGUUACCCACGCAGAGCGAGGACGAGGUGGCACAAGUCCACCAACCAGCUCAACAUGGAGUCAUCGCCGCUCGCCAACAGGAGAGUUACGUUCAGCAGCACGGAGUGGAUGCUUGAGAGCACAGUCUGAGAAAACACAGUAACAAAAACAAGCCAUCUCAGUCGCUCACAAACAUGCCACAAACACAAGGCUCCUGCACAGCAGAGGGCCAGAACAAGCACACAUGCUAACUUUGUUGGAGAACAGAAAAGUCUCCCUUCAUCCUGCCUCUCCCCCAUCACACCCCCUCAGAAAGAGUUGUCGGCCAUGUUCCUUCUUUACGCAGCGGUGCCUUAUUCUUUAAACGUACGAAUGGAGGAUGCUGCUCACUCUGGUCAUAAACCGUCCCCUCCAUCAUCGCCUCUCAGUUCCUCAGAGGUGGC